AUGCUCUCCAAGAAGAAGAAGAAGGCGCCACUCCCGCCUCCCGCGCGGUCGCCGAAGCAGAAGGUCCAGACCAAGCUCAGCUGGCCCGCGGGCGUGCGAUCGCCGGGCCUGGCCGAGCGCCCGCAAAACACUGGCGCCAGCGGCGAAACGGCGGCGCCGCUGGUGCCGGUGCCGGUGGGGGAGCCCGCGCCGAUCGUCGAAGCACUGUCGCCGGGCAUGUCGCCGGAGCAGCCGAUCCGGUGGAACUUUUGCGACCCCCAAAAGAAACGGCGGCAGCGCUUGGCUGCUGAACCUGGGGCUGAAUCGGGGGGCGUGUCGGCCUCGUCGCCGUCCUUGCUCGACUGCAUGCGGCGGGAGGCCUUGGAGACCGCGGACGCCGCGGACGCCGCCGAGGCUGACGAGGGCGAGAUGGCGCUGCCGAUGGCCGGACUGCACCUGAGGCUUGAGGACGAGUGGGCAGACACGCCCGCCCGCCAAGGCGACCGCGUGCACGUCAUCGGCUCUCUGCGCGGCUGCGGCUGCGGCGGCGCCCUGCACUGGUCGCACUUGCCGGAGCUGCUCAUGCUGCAGUCGGAGUCGCCAGACCGCUGCCCCGACGCUGCCAAGGAGCUGCGGCAGGAGCUGCGGCAGGCGUCGACGGAGGACGAGACCACACUCGGUCGUGCCGCCGUGCCGCUCGCGCCAAACCACGGCCAGCAGGCACGGGCGAUGGGCGGCGGGGUGGUUGCGUCGGAGCACGCGCUCACGUCGUACACCUUCGGCCUCAAAGGCACCCUCGACGCCGUCCUCUCCGCCGAGCUCGACUCGCCCGGCGGGUGCGGCGCGUCGCGGGCGCUGCUGCCGUUCGAGCUCAAGACGGGGCGCCGCACACCCUCGAACAGCAACGACCACCAGGCGGGACAACCAACCCCUGCCGGUCGACGCUUCGUGCCACCUUCCCCGGGGGGUCUGGUUUAG